UGGGUGGCCCGCUCUCGCGUAUGUGUUUAUGGUGUUCAGCUCUCGUAUUGGCUCAACUCCGCGUUCGUGUUCAACUAGCAGCAGCAAAUCACGUUUCGUGACGAUUUCUCGCGUUCCGCGGAACAAGCAGAAGAAGAAACCGCCUAAUUUUUUUUCCCACCGUGCGGGUCGUGCUCACAGCAGCUCGAAAGAAAACACGUUACGAUAGAGAACGGUCCGUUUCAAACACGCGUGCUGAAGAAAUCACCCGCCUCGGAUCGCGCUCUCAGCUGUGUGCAGCAGCUCGGAAGUUUGAAAUUCGCCUGCGGAACAUCCCCCGUGUGCAACAAACGCCCCUCCGCUACCGACACUCGGAUCCCUGUGGAAGCUGACGUUGCGCAGAUAAACCGGGGUUUGAACUGGGGUUGCGCGGAGUUCGGAAGCAAUCCCACCGGUACCGGUGGUGAUCUAGCUGUCAAGAGGGGAAAAAAACCAAGAAGAAUCAACCGGAGCGAAGCUCCAGAAAAAAAGGAAGUACGGACGGGAAAUCGAAGUGGCGAUCGCGUGAAAAGUGCGUCCGGUCCGGGUUCCAAUAGUGAAGCCGACCGUCCAAGUGUGUGUCGCAAGUGAUCACCAUCUGUGCGUGUCUCAGUGCCAACGAUUGUGUCGUGAGGUGAGGGAUUCCCCCAAAAGGUCGUCGUCGUCGUGUGCAGUUUGCAUUCGCUUGAGCAGCAAACAAGCAAAGCAUUACGAAGAAAGUGGUGAGUGUGGUUCGUGAGGCAAAGUUCAGCGAGGGAGAGGAUUCUACGCAGGUGUCAUCCUCCGGCGUCAUCAUGAACGUGAUGAACAACAGUAGCGGGGACGAGGAACAGGCCGAGUGCCCACUGUGCAUGGAACCGCUAGAAGUAGAUGACCUCAACUUCUACCCGUGUACAUGUGGCUACCAGAUCUGCCGGUUCUGCUGGCACCGGAUCCGCACCGACGAGAACGAGCUGUGCCCGGCGUGCCGGAAGGCGUACCCGGAGAACCCGGCCGACUUCACGCCCCUGUCGCAGGAGCAGAUUGCGGCGUUCAAGGCGGAGAAGCGGCAGCGGGACCAGCAGCGGAAGGCGAAAAUCUCCGAAAACCGGAAGCACCUGGCGAACGUGCGGGUGGUGCAGAAGAACCUGGUCUUUGUCGUCGGGCUGCCGCCGAGACUGGCCGACCCCGAGAUCCUGAAAAAGCACGAAUACUUUGGAAAGUACGGCAAGAUCCAUAAAGUUGUAAUCAAUCCUAGUACAACGUACGCAGGAGGCCCGUCGGCGUCCGCGUACGUAACGUACAUUAACAACAACGACGCGCUGAAGGCCAUUCAGAGCGUCAACAACAUUAUGAUCGACGGGCGGCUGAUCAAGACGAGCUUAGGUACGACCAAGUACUGUAGUCACUUCAUGAAGAACCAGUCGUGUCCGAAGCCGGACUGCAUGUAUCUGCACGAGCUGGGUGACCAGGAGGCUAGCUUUACGAAGGAGGAGAUGCACCAGGGCAAGCAUCAGGAGUACGAGAAGCGACUCCACGAUACGAUGCAGGCGCAGCUCGGCCUAACGCCGUCGUCCGGCGGUACGGGAACGUCCAACGGAACGACGGCGCCGCUGGCCGCGUCCAAUGGCAGCGCCAGUGGUGGUGUCGGGAAUGGCAACGUCAGCGGCGGCGGCGGCGGAACCGGCACCACCACGAACGGUAUUAUUGCAAACGGUACGGCGGGCGGAGGCGGCAGUGGCAAAACAGGUGAUUCUAAACAUAUAAGCGACAUAACCAAUGGACCAAUCCAAUGCAAAGAAGCGUGGCCAAGCUUAUCCACUUCGCCGAUCGACGGUAGCACUCAUGGAGGCGGCGGUAGCAAUAAGGAGAAUAAGAUUAACGGUAAAACAGGAGGCAGCAACAAGGAGAAUGGUAGCACGCGGAAGCACGAAAAAUCCCGGUCCAAGGGUGGUCGAAAACACCGGAACAAUGGCCGGGACGGGGCGGACCGCGGUGGGGACCGACAUGGCAAAGACGGCGGCGGCAAGCAGAAUUCCAACCGGCAAGGCAAGGAUAGUACAAUUGCGGGGGCGUCAGCGGCGGGUAGCAGGACGACGUCGUCGGGUUCGGCGUCGAGUGUCGCGGCAACGGUGCCAAGUUCACUGGUGAAUGGUAAGACUUCGGUGGCGGCCAUUGUGGCCGGGGCUAGUGCCGCAACGAACGCUGCAAGUGCCGCAGCUGCAGUGGCCGGAACGGAACCUGCGCUAACGAACGGUGACGCUGAGAAGGAGGUCCCGAGCAAGAAGGCACUGCUGAUCAACGGGUUGAACGGCAACGGGGUUAAAUCGGUGCACCUGAACGAUCUGCUGGACGACGACGACGAUGACGAGCUGGACUUUGAGGAUCUGGACAACGAUGCGCUUUCGUCGGACAACGAUGGCAAAACGGACACACCCUCGCUGAGCAGCAGUGGCUCGUCGCAUGCCGGCGGAGACAGUGGCAGCACGCUGAGCGAAACGCCCAGUGGUAAGAGCUCGCCCAGUGCAUUCCCCGAUCCGAUGACUGGAGCCGGUGCUGUGAACAAUGUGAUAACGACUGGUAGCACCACAACGGCGCCUACCACUAGUACCAGUAGCAGCAUCAGCCCACCAUCGGCCGAGGAGGUGCCACCUGCCGAUUCCACCGCCGCAGUCGCAGCCAUGACGAAUGUCCCCAGCAGUAACAGCCCCGCCAUCACCAAUGGUAUUAGUAGCAGUAGUAGCAGCAUUCUCUCCUCCCUUGCCUCGGACGACAAACAGCAGGCAAGUUCCGAGCACGUGAUACCGUCGUCCGCGUCCCUGUUUGGCCAGGAUGUCUCCAACAUGACUACUACGACCGCAACGAUGUCAACGGGAAGCAAACAACAGCAACCGCUCAACGGCAUGGCCAAGAUCAACAGCGUGCUCGACAACGCCACGUCGCGGUUCUCCAAGCUGGGUUUCUUCGAUGACAACAGCAGCUUCUUCUCGCACAGCACGUUCGAUCCGUACAGUUUCACCGCCGCCGCCGCCAACAAGCUGGACCAGGCGCCCAGCACCAAUCUGGAUGGAAUCCAGUCGAGUGGACUGACGUCCUCUCAGCUGCCGGAUCUCCUCAGCGGUACCAACGAUACCAACGAGCAGCACACAAAGGAGAUCCUCAAAAAUCUGGGCAAUCUUCAGCAACAGCAGCAUCAGCAACAACAACAACAGCAACAGCAUCACCUGCUCAACAACGUACACCUGCAGCAACAGCUGAACGGGCUCGGUCUGGGCAACGCCAGCAACGGUGGCGUCGAUGGCCUCGCAGGUCUGGGCACCGGCAAUACCGACGACUGGGAGGCCGCAUUCAGCAAGUACGUUAUGCGCUCCAAACUGGACGUUGAACAUCACGAGGAACUGAUGCGCAUGCAGGAACUGCAGAAGCGAAACCUCAUCAACACCGGACUGAGCUCGACCCAAUUCAAUGGCUUUAACGGAGAAUACUCCGACUACUUUCACAACACGAACGAGCUAAACAGCAGGUUACUGAGCCAACAACAGCAGCAAGCUCACCAGCGUUUACAGCAACAGCAGCAGCAGCAGCAGCAACACACCGACAUGAGCCACAUCUACGCCGGCAACAUGUCCAAGUUCUUCGACUUUCACAAAAGCCAACAACAGGCCGCGCAGCAGCAGCAGCAAAGCCAACCACCGGCCGGGGCCGGCCCGCAGCCACCUUUCCUGCAACACAACGGGCACUCGGCGCUCGGGGCAACGGACCCGAUGAGCAACAUCGCCAAUCUGCUCGAAAACAGCCGGUUAAACUCCCACUUCCUAGAACAACACACCAAUGGUUUGCUAGGGCCACAGCUGCAGAAGCAGCGCAUGCUUAACGGCCAGCUGAAUGCUCAUAGUAUCCUGUUGAACGGGGCUAGUCCACAGCAGCAGCAGCAGCAGCAGCAACAACAGCAACAGUAUCCGCAGCAGCCGAAUCCAGUCGUAGACGACGAUUUGGGCUUCGAUCCGUUCUUCGAGACGCAGAAGGCCCUGGCCGAGCUGAUCAACGACGAGAUCAACCAGCAGCAGAUCAACCCACAGAACGCGUCCCCGGCGGCGGCAGCGGCAGCGGCUGCAGCAGCAGCAGCGGCAGCGGCCAACCACAACCACAAACUGCUGGAGAAUGUCCAGCGGACUCGGAUGCCGCCGCCGGGCUUCAACCACAUGAACGCGUUCGGAUUUGGCGUCCCGAGGGCGCAAGUUUCAGGCAGCAAAAUCCUACCCUUCAUGAACCUAGCAAACAAUGCACAGCAGCAGCAGCAACAGCCCGGACAGGCUAACUGGGGCCAGCAGUUGCAGCAGCAGCAACAGCAGCAAUUUAUGGGAUUCCCACAGAAUGAGCAGACUCAUUUGGGCCAGUCCCAGCCGCAGAACGGACACAACAAAGCCGGCUACGGCAACAACUUCCCCGACUGGACCUCGUUCGAUCCAGCUAUCGUCUCGUUUCGUCAAUUUUCCUUCAUGAACGGUCCCAACCAGCAGCAGCCGCAGCCACCACCGCAGCAACCCGGCGACCUCUUUCUCUCAGCACAGCAGCAGAACAUGCAGCAACCCGGACAAGGAUUUGGACAUCACGGCAUCAACCUGCAGCAGCAACAGCAGCCGGGCAAUCCGCAAGCACAGGUCAACUUUUCCGCGUCACACUGGCUCAACAGCGAACAGAGCGCCUACAUGAGCCACCUGGCCCUCAACGGAUUCGGGGCGGGACCGGCAGCGGGUCCGACCGGCGGAAACGGGUUCGACAAGUUCAGCAUCCCGAUGCCACCGGGUUUCCAGGCGGCGGCCGCGGCAGCAGCAGCAGUCAACAAGCAAAAGGCCGAAUGCAUCAACUAAGGUGGACCCGACCAGGAGAUCUUCUCUCGGCGCAAGGGGACGAACUGGACUUGGUUGAGGGCUCGGGACGCAGAUGAUUUUAUUGGAUUUUUUUAUUACACUUUUCUGUUUUUUUAUAUUUUUUAUGUUUUGUAUUUUCUUCAUUUUUCCACCAUUUAAGAAAUGUUUGGUGCAUUCUAGCUUUGUCCUCGGAACCUUUGAACCUGCUAGGAACUCUUUCGUAGCAUUUACCCUGAAACGAAAGUCAGAAUCAGUUUAGUAAUUACAAACAUGUACAAGCCUGAAGUUCAAACGAGCAGCGAACGGUUUCAUCCCUUCACAGUUAAUAUUGUAGUUAGGCUUUUUUCGCCGCGUACGUACUAUUAGAUUGUUUUACCCUGUUGCACACACUUUACAUUCUGAAACAAAAUUCGUGGAUUCGAUUCGGAUCGAUCUUCCGAUUCAUCGGCCGGUGAAUCCCUAAAAAAGCCACACAAACUUAGUAGCUGCAAAUGUGUUGCCCGCCGCGCGCUUUCAACCAGCCCUAAAUUUCGAUUUUUCACACCCACUUUCAUCAAUAACAUUCAACCUCUUGAAUAGUAUUUGAUCGAAAGUACCGAAACUACAACAAAAACAGUAACAUCACGCCCGCCACCAGAACAUGUGCUGCAAAUGUUCCUUUUUUUCAAAUUAUUUUAUUUAGCUAAUUUUCGUACUUUUAAGAUUUUGAAAUUUUUGAACGCCUUCGUUACUCUCUCUUUUUUCAAAAGUUUUGCGAGAGCGUAAAUUUGCACAAAUUUCUCUCCGACAAAAUGACGUUUCUGCGCUUUUCUGCACGCUCUCUCUCAAUCCCUUAUUUUCAUUCUCUCGCUUUCAUAAAAAUUGAGAGAGCGCAGCACUCCAGGAAAGAGAGCGUAAACUGUUCAGAAACAUAAUUCUGUCAGCGGGAGAAGUAGGCCUACUCUAGCAUUUCUGUCUGAAAAUAUUCCUUUUUUCCUGCUAAAAAAAAUAUCAAAUUUGAGAAGACAAACUCUGCACUCCGAUGAAAGAGAUGUCUGCCAUUAAGGGCUCUUUCUUUUGGAAAACAAUCGGGAGAGUUCUGCAAGCUUAUGCAAUAGAACAAGCAAAUGAAGCGUGCUCAGAAAAGGAAUACUCUCGGAAUGGAAUCUUGUUCUCUUUCAAGAAUGUCUAGUUGAGCGCUGUUCUUUGCUUUGCUCAAGCUGCGGAUACAGAAGUGAGAGCGAAAAUUGGAUUUUUUUACGGAGAUUUUCAGAAAAGUGAAUUUGACCGUUCACUGUAAACGGAUUUGUUAAGCACGCCAAACUGGUUCGAAAAACGCGUUUUAAAAACGAUUUGAAUUCGAAUAUAUUUAUUCAAAAAAAUAAUCUUAACUAAAAGCAUUUUUCGGUUCAUUUUGACAUGCUAGACAACUCUACAGAAUAAACUCCGGUGAAAUUUUCCCAGGUAUUUUUUUUUCUUUUUUGAAAAUCUCCAUAAACAAUCUUAUUCUCGUGCUAAAUAUUUUUUGACAGCUGAAACCCCGCCUAUAUCACACUAAAUAAGAGUCGACAACAACAGGCUGGCAAAAAUUCGAAAUUAUUGAAGUACGAAAAUUUAAUGCUUAUCUUUAUCCGUACAAGCAAAACCAAUGAAAUUGAAUCAUAGAAUCAGAGGAAAUGACAAAAAAAAAGAAGUAAAAUACAGAACGUGGAAAAUGUGAUGAACGGAACUAAUCUAACUUUUUUUUUCUUUUUUUAUGGCACCCAAUGCCUUGCAUUUUGUAACAAUCUUUAUGUUGUAGUCAGCUGCAGAAUGAGUCCCCUUCAGAAUGGACGGUUUUGUUACCUUCCGUGGAGGAGUCGUCCCAAACACAGAACACACCCACAUUAAUUCAAUGAAAUUUACGGACACAAAAUCUAUCGUAUCAUUUUUGUUUGUUCCAAUUCUACUCCACUUGCUAAGGUCAGUGUUAUUCUAUCAUUGAAGCAAAAUGAGUAAUUUUAUGUGAAAAUUACCUGAAUGUUUUUAAAAGAGAUUUUUUUUUGCCAAUUUAUAACGUUUGUUAUGACAAAAAGGCAAAAAUAAAACCAAACGCAAAAACUUUUGAGUGAUUCUCACAACAAAAUAAUCAUCAAAUGCAGAAAGCAACUUACAGAUAUCGCGCGAAGCUAGCAAAAUUUAAUCAACAAACUACAACAAUUACACAGCAAAACAUAUGAAGUAACAUUUCGAUACAAAAUGGUAAAACUAAACGACGAAAUCAAUCCCAAAACAGUUACAUCUAUUAUAAACAAACGUAAUCUUUGGCAUUAUCGAUGUGAGGAGGAGCAAACACACACACAGAUUAAAAACAAGAGAGAAAGUCGAGCAAGAUUAACAGGAGGUAUAUAAAAAGGUUAUAUUGCUAUAUUAUUAUGAUUAUUAUUAUUACUCAUUAUUCAAAAAAAAACACACAUUUAUAUCGAAAAAAAGAAAUGAUACAAAACCAAACAUUGCAAACAAGAAAGUACCGAACUGUUCACGACCAUCAGGCUGCUGCUUGCUGUUUUGGAGGUGAAAACUAGGACAAUUGAAAACCUUUGUGGCUGGGUUGUUGCUUUUCUUUUGAUGGGGGAAAACUCCACCUCCGCUCCCCCCCUCUGGCAGGGUAGAAGAUUUCGGCAAACGUUAAGGGUGCAUUUCUUCUUCCUUCGAGAGGGGACUAGCGAAAUGGAACCCUCGAAAGCAACCUCCCAAAAGUUGCGAAAUUUUGAUGCUGCAACACAAAACACACACACACACACAUUGAAGGGGGAAGAUACGAAAGAUCGUUGCCUUUGAUGAAAUCUAGGAGAAAUUUGCUGUUGCUCGAGACGCGCGAGAACCGAAGGGUGGAAGCAAAAAGAAAACAAAAAGAAGUGAAUUGAGGCAGGAGAAAAAAAAGGAGCCGCAUCAGGAGUGUCCGUCAGGAUGCUAGAUGGGAAAACAAACACAGAACAUAGAAAAUGAAGAAAGAGGGAAAGAAGGAGAACAAAACACAAUAUAAUAUGUGAAAGACGAUAUAAAAAUACAAUGCUGAAAAAGGAAAUAUUAUGGACAAAAUCGUGAAACAUGAAAAUAAACUUAAAAAUACAAAA